AUGAAGAGAGAUUGGCGAAUCUCUGGGGAAGAGAGUGGGCAAGGAGUUUUGCUCAGGCAGGCUAAGCUUUUGCGAAGUCAGAGAAACCUAAGGGAAUGUGGUGCUGAUGAUCGGAAAGUAGACAACAGGCUGGAGUUCAGCUCUGUGGACCAAUGGUCCCUUUCUCAGGAAUAUCUUCUCCAGAAAUGUUCCCUGUGUGCAGAGCCAGAAGUAAGCCCUGAAGUCAGCUCCGCCGCCUUCCUGCCCUCCAGUGUUACCAGGCCGGCUGCCGUGGUGAACGUGGCCCACACGAAGCUGUACGACAUUCUGGGCGUCCCUCCGGGCGCCGGCGAGAGCGAGCUGAGGAAGGCAUACAGAAAGUUAGCCAAGGAAUACCAUCCUGAAAAGAAUCCAAAUGCUGGAGACAAAUUCAAAGAAAUAAGCGUUGCACAUGAAGUACUAUCAAACCCAGAACGGGAAUUAUAUGACAGAUAUGGAGAACAGGGUCUUCGGGAAGGCAGUGGCGGAGGAGGUGGAAUGGAUGACAUUGUCUCUCACGUUUUUGGUGGGGGAUUAUUUGGCUUCAUGGGUGAUCAAAGUAGAAGUCGAAAGGGCAGAAGAAGAGGAGAAGACAUGAUGCACCCACUCAGCGUAUCUUUAGAAGCUCUGCAUAAUGGCAAGACAACCAAACUACAACUUAGCAAGAAUGUACUCUGUAGUGCACGCAAUGGCCAAGGUGGAAAGUCUGGAGCUGUGCAGAAGUGCAGUGCUUGUCGGGGUCGAGGUGUACGCAUCACGGUCAGACAGCUGGCUCCAGGAACGGUGCAACAGAUGCAGUCUGUGUGUUCUGACUGUAAUGGAGAAGGAGAAGUAAUUAAUGAAAAAGACCGUUGCAAAAAAUGUGAAGGGAAGAAGGUGAUUAAAGAAGUCAAGAUUCUUGAAGUUCAUGUAGACAAAGGCAUGAAACAUGGACAGAGAAUUGCGUUUCCUGGGGAGGCAGACCAGGCCCCAGGAGUGGAACCAGGAGACGUUGUUCUUUUGCUUCAGGAAAAGGAGCAUGAGGUGUUCCAGAGAGAUGGGAAUGACUUGCACAUGACAUAUAAGAUAGGACUUGUUGAAGCACGGUGUGGAUUUCAGUUCACAUUUAAACACCUUGAUGGACGUCAAAUUGUGGUAAAAUACCCUCCUGGCAAAGUAAUUGAACCAGGAUGUGUUCGUGUAGUUCAAGCUGAAGGUAUGCCACAGUACCAUAAUCCUUUUGAAAAAGGUGAUCCUUACAUAAAAUUCGAUGUGCAGUUUCCUGAAAACAACUGGAUCAACCCAGAUAAACUUUCUGAACUAGAAGAUCUUCUGCCAUCUAGACCAGAAGUUCCAAACAUAAUUGGAGAAACAGAGGAGGUAGAGCUUCAGGAAUUUGACAGCACUAGGGGCUCAGGAGGUGGUCAGAGGCGUGAAGCAUAUAAUGAUAGCUCUGGUGAAGAAAGCAGCAGCCAUCAUGGACCAGGAGUGCAAUGUGCCCAUCAGUAAACUCUGUAAAUUGCACAGGUGGAUUUUCUUUCCACGUUUGCCUGAUUUGUUUUCA